CCUUUACAAAUACACCUGCAGUUUAGAAUUUAGCUACGGUUAAAAACAAACAAACAACAAAAAAACAAACAAAAGGAUUAUAAGAAGUUAAUAAGAAUGCAAUAGGGGUGUAUCCUGCAACAAGAAAGCAGUAUAGGACAUCUGGCAGAGUUAUAACAGAGUUAUAACAGAUGUCCAGAAAAAUAGACAAAGACUGGACAACAAUUCGAGUUAGAGCAGAAAUGGCAGGAAGGGGGUGGGGGAAUUCAACUCAGAGGACCUAAAAGCUGCUGAAGAUACACAAAGAGAUUGGAAUGGUAAAAGAUGGGCAUACAAGUUGGACAUUACAGAAUAUUUUAUAUUACCGUCAGAAACUUUUGGACUGAUAUCCCGACCCCAUUAUUGUCUUAGCAUACACUAUUGAACCAUUUCUGUAAUGAGGCAUGCAAUUUGUAGAACCAAACUCCCUAAAUAUCUUUGUCUUGUUAAUUUUCUUAUAGGGGGAUGCAAACAUUUGCAUUCUAUUGAAUGCACACAAGCAAUGAGAUGGAGAUGAGAAUAGUCUCUGCUCUUCUUACAAUCCAGGAACUAACACAGUCUAUCUCAGUUAUGUUAUCAGGAUGAUCUACAACACGUGUACGUCUGUUCUCAAAGUGCACAUGUGUAAUAAUAGUCACUAAAACGAACCAGUUUAGUUUGACUGCAUGAUGACGUGGACUUGCUUGGAUCAGGGCUCGGGGGAAUAUUAGCGUGGUGUCAGCACAAAAGCUAAUACAGAUGAGGGCCCCUGUUUCUAACAGGCGUGACUUUUAACGGGAACUAAAAGGCAGUUCGUUGUCUUCUUAUGGCUUACAUGUGGUUGAAGUUCAUUCUGUAAAGUGUCUCAGAAUGAAGCAGGUCUCUGGUUGGUAAAACAUGGUUCCUAGCAGAAGUUCCUCCAGCUGUAAUCAAGUGGAAAACAACACAAGCUUCAUAAAACAUUCAGCAAUGAUCCUUUCUGCAAACAGAAAUUCCGUACAAGACGUAUGACCAAAAAAGACACAGAUUUACUAGGACAUAAGAAAUUGGACAGAAGAUAGCAGGAAAGGAGAACACUCGAGGUUUGACAUGGAGGUUGCGCGGCAAGAGGUCACAGAUGACUCCCUCUCCAAAACCUCUCGUAAUGAUUCAGAUGAGGAAAAGAAUCAAGUUCACAACUGUGACCUCUGUGGCAGGUCUUUUCUUUUCUUAAGCUCUCUGUCCCAGCACAUGAGGAAACACACAGGGGAGAAGCCGUACAAGUGCCCCCAUUGCCAGCACCGCUCAUCCCAGAAAGGCAGCCUGAAAGCCCACAUUCGCACCCACAAGGUAGAUGGUAUGAUUCAGAGCACUGGGGGUAAUGAAGAAGAGGUGGACGAUGAAGGAGACAAGGAAGGAGGAGUACCUGAGGAGCAGGGUGGUUGUUCCAGCCCGACAGAAAGUACCUCUGCUUGCAAUAAAGUGGUCAGUGGUGAGGAAACCACUAAGACAAGAAAGAAAGGGGUUAAGAAAGAGAGGGCAAACAGUGAGGGAGGCAAGCAGUGCUCACUGUGUAGGAAGAGGCUCCGGAGUCAAGCUGAGCUAGAGCAGCAUAUGCGAGACUUUCAUGAUACCUCACAGGAAGAGCACUUGCAGGCAGAAACACAAAACACACAUUCCACAGAGGAAAACUCCACCAUGGAGGAAGGACUGAACAUGGAGGAAGCAGAGAAAGAGAAUGAGCUUUGUAAAGGGGACUUUCCAUGUGAUCAGUGUGACCAAGUCUUCACUCAAGCCUGGUUCCUCAAAGCCCACAUGAAGAAGCAUCAAAACACUCGGGAUCAUGGCUGUCGCAUCUGCGGCCGGCGAUUUCGUGAACCCUGGUUCUUGCGCAGCCACAUGAAGACGCACAACACCAAGUCCAAGCCAAAGAAUGAUUCGGAACUUCCUGCGACUGUUAAUGAGGUGACACAGGUUGAAGCUUCCUUGGUAAACGACGUAUGCCUUUACGAACUGUGCGCCAAGUGUGGUAACUUCUUCCAUGACCGCAAAAGCCUGCAGCUUCAUGAGCAAGUCCACAAGAGCACAGAUAAUUCGACUAACAGCGGUGAUGGUCUUUCAUCGCCUCUCACCAAGAGACGCUUCCUAGAGUGCCUGAACUUGAGAAUGGCAGGUAAGAUGGAGAAGCUCUCAGACGGAAGACUUGGCAAGAGAAUUCCUGAGUUGGAUCCUGUUAGCAGCUAUCAGGCCUGGCAGCUGGCCACCAGAGGCAGGGUGAUGGAGGUUUCUGAAAAAGGCCUGGGCUGGGACGAGAGGUUAGCAGAUGCAGAUGUGGUGUAUGACAAGAAAAAGGGUGAAUAUGUACUAAUGAGACAGGAGAAACGAAAGAAACAAUUGGAUACCACUCUAAGUAUCCCUAAUAAGAAAAAGCGAGGGGUAGUGACCCAAGGCUCAAGCAACACCAGCACGGCCACCGAUCACCAGCGAUAUGGGGGGCAGACAUCUAUGGAGAUUGGAAGCGUUGACAGUCUGAGCGACUCUGAAUAUCGUCCCUCUUUCCGCCAUAGCCGUAAAAAUUCCCAGAAUAAGAUCUCUGAGUGCUUGGAGUGCGGAAAAGGAUUCCGAACUCAGCAACAGAUGGUGAUUCACAUGCUCAUAAGACAUGGCAGCAUGACUGAAAGCAUGAAUGGGGUUUCUCUCCAAAAUCUCUUUCCUAAAACACAGUCCAGUCUUUCUAAACCUGUGGAAUCUGCAGAGGACCAAAGUCAGAAAAUAUACCCUGAAGAUACAGAUAAAAAAACAUGCACCUGCGACCACUGUGACUUCAGCACCGCUGACUCAGCUGCCAUGGUGUCCCACAUACACAAUGAGCAUGCAGCUAUCAGCAAUGAGGCCUUAACCAGCGUGAUCACCCAAAGCCACAGUCCUUCCACUAGCCACAGUGGCUUCCCCAGGCUGAGGAAUGCACUACUACAGCAGCCCUACUGGCCCUACACCAGCUCCACCCACCUGGAGAGGGCAGCACUGAACAGCACAGUACCUUGGACCAAGAACAGUGAUGAAAAUGGAGAUGAGAAGAUCAAAGGGCAUGGAGAGGCCAGUUCUGACAAAAUGGAUGCCAGUCUAUUGAAUCUCUCUGUGGAAGCUGAAAGUGACAAAGCAGAAGCUCUAGACUUAGGACAGAAUGGUCUAGUGAGGCAUCAGUGCCCAUACUGUUCCCAUGCUACACUGUACCCUGAGGUUCUCUGGAUCCAUCAAAGAAUUGCACAUAAAAUCGACAGCACCACUCUGAUCCCUAAGUGGGCUCCUAAAAAUGGUGUUAAGGGGCCUAAGUCGAUUCUUGAUUUCAAGAGGCGCACUGGACCACCUCCGUUUCUGGAAGGCAAGGACUGCCCUUCACUUCCUCAGACACGAAUCCUCCGCACAAGUUCCCCUGAAUUAAGCCCCAGAGGGACCAAGGACAAGCCUCAAAGCAGCAGUGCAGAAUCCACUUACUUACAAAGCAAGGGUCAGCACACCGGACGACUGUCACACUCCUCUAAGCAAAAUCCCAGCAGGUCCCAGAUAGAUGACGUCAAGAGCGCCAAGAACAAAACGGAUGCCCACCAAUAUAUCACUUCAUCAACAAGUAGAGCACGACCAACACCAAGUCCCCAAAAGUCUGAAAGCCCAAAGACAGCAAGCAGACUAAUGGAAAGUAGCUUGCUGCCCAAAGAGGGACUCCGCUUCAUGCUCACCAGCAAGCACAAUGCCUCCGAGCAGAGAAGUCCCAAACCUCAGACCUCUAGCCGAUCUGAACCUCCAGCCCAGGACACAGAGAGCUCUCAUGGAUACGACCUCUGGAGUAGACUCAGUCUAGGUGGAUCAUCCUCACACUCCCAAACUAAAAAGCAGCCGUCAGGAGACAGUCCAGGUGCUCUUACCGACAUCUAUAGUUUCUUGAAGAAUUGCAGUCCUCAUGAUUUGGCAGCGCUUUAUCAUCACUGGGGCUUUAGUAACAUGAUGAUAGAGCAAGCAGGGAUGGCGAGGUCAGGGCAGAAAGAGGGCGAGUAUGUCUGUCCAGUGUGCGGGAAGAGCUUUAGCCAACCCAGCCAUUACCGCACACACAUGAGAUCCCAUACAGGUGAGAGACCGUUCCAGUGUCAGUACUGUCCCUACAGUGCCUCGCAGAAAGGCAACCUGAAAACCCAUGUCCAGACUGUACAUCGGCUCACCUUUGACAACGCCCAAUACCCUGACAGGAGGCUCCACCAUGCCCCAUCUGUUGACCACACACACCCUUCCAGUCCCGGAUUAUCCCACAGAGCGACCACUUCCUGAACAGGAAAACCAAAGCUAAACGGGUUAAAGAGGAGAACAUGUCCAUCCAGAGAUCUGUUAUCUCCUCGAGGGUAUUGUGUUCAUAGUCAUAACUAAGGAGGGCUGAUUUUAUUACAAAACACUUAAGUGUAUUUAUUGUAUUUGUUCAGUUGUCUUUAGUUUCAGGUUCUGUGCCAACUGUAAUUGGAAGCCAAUGUCAACAUUUUUGACAUGAGGAAUUCAAACUAAGUCACUUUGCAAACAAAACAGCAAUGUUUUUAAUAUGUUCCCAUUUCCCUUCUUAACCUGAACUCAUUUCAUACUUGACCGAUUGCAAAGUACUGUAGGUUUUUAUGCACUGUCCUAAACUAUCAUCAGUGGAUCCCUUACAAAUGCUGCUUCCUUACAAACAAUGGCCAGGAUGAUGUUAUAAAUUGAAAUGGUAGCCUUAGUUUGUGUGCUUGUGUGUUUGUAUAUUUUACUCCUCAGGACUCCUCGGUUAGAGUUCCAAAGUAUGUAUUAUGGUUUUGUUUUGUGUGUGUAGAUUCAUUGUGGUACUUCUAGAGAACCUGCAGGUUAUCUGUCUGGCAUUAUACACAAAGUAUGCCAGUAUGAUUUCAGAGACUAUGGUAUGUACAGUCUACAGUAUAUACACGUUUAGAAAAGCUAAAAAAAAGAAUUUGUAGGCAUUCUUCAGUUGUCAAAACCUUUCGUAGAAGCUAAGAACUUUUAGUUAUCCAAUGAACCCUUAAAGAACCCUUCAAGAACCAUGGUUUCUAAGAGUAUGUAUUAACAGUGUGCCAAGCAUUUGACAUUUAGCUGGCUUGAUACUUGGUGGCAUGGUGGUGCAGUAGAUUGUAUUACUACAUCACAGCUCCAGGGUUCCCAGUUUGAUCCUGAGCUAUGAUUACUGCCUAUAUGGAUUUUUGCAUGUUCUCCCCAUUUUCCUCUGGGUUCUACGGUUUCCUCCCACCUCCAAAAAAUACAGAUUGGUUAUGCUAAAUUGCCCAUACGUAUGAAUGUGUGUGUGCAUGGUGUCAUGCAAUGGCCUGGAAUCCCAUCCCAAGCGUAUUCCCCCACUUUACACCCAGUAUUCCUGGGAUAGGCUCAGAAUCCACAGCCCUUACCAGAAUAAAGUGCUAACUGAAGAUGUUUUGGUACUUGGUACAUUCUUAGAAAAAUGAUUCUUUAAGGCUUCAUUGGAUAAUUAAGGUUUCUUAACCUCCUCAAAGGCUUGUACUUGGAACUCUUUCUGACAUGGAAACACUCUGUUGUGGGCAUCUACAUGGAACCUUUAAGGGUUCCACCAGAGGGACAACCAGAAGAAUGCUUAAGGUUUCUAAAAGUUUCACAACAGCAGACAUUAUAUCUUAGAAUUUCUUCAUUCAUGGAAGCUUGUGUCUUGUAAAAUCAGGGCCAGUUUCCUAGAAACCGUUGAAAGUUAGUCUUAACAUUGUUUUGCCCAAUUUAAUUAGUCAGAAACGUCAUAUUUUGUGUGAUGUCCCAAAGUCAGUCAAAGUCAAAUGAUCCAUUUCCUGUUUUGUUUGUUUGAUUUACCCAAGUUUAAGUUUUUUAUUCUAUUUUUUUGGUCUUUUUUUUCUAGAAUCAUGUGAUUACCAUUAAUUGUAUCUUAAAAAUGUCAAACCAUCUGAUGUAAGCUGAUGGCACAUAAGGACUUAAAGCCAUGACAGAAUAUUCAGUUAUUGCUGGAGGACUUAAUAUAAAUGUACAGAACUGCAAUUUCUCUGUUAUUAAUUACAUUUAAAUUAUUGCAUUAUAGAAACUAGCUUAAUAGCUCUGAUCAGAUCUAUAGCUCAAGAGGUAGUGUGUUUUAUAAUGCCUUUAAAAAGCUUUAGAAUGCCAUAUUUUUAGAUGGUAAAUACUUAAAGCAAGGAAAUUCAUGGCCAUAUAUUUCUAUGAAUGUUAAAUAAUAUACUUAGGUAUUUGCAUAUUUAGUAAAACACAGUUGUGCAAGUUUGAAUAUGUUCAUAUAUUUACAGUAGUCACCAAUGAAUCUUGAUAUUUUCAGAUUGCAAUGUAUAUGCUGAAUCUCAAUGAAGGAAUAUUCACUGAUCCCAAAAAAAAAAAAAAAAAAAAAAAAAAAAAAAAAAACUCUAGCCAUAAGGCACCCCUAUAAUUUUAUCCUGGUUAUGCUCUCGUUUAUAUAUGUUCAUUUGUCAGAAAAUUUUAUCUAAAGUGAUAGCUGCAUAUAAGGUUAAACUUAAAUUUCCCUACACAUUGGUGAACACUGAUUGUGUGCAUGCAACAAAGUUAAGUGAUGGCUGACAAAUUAACGGAAAGCACAAUAUAAUAUGUGUUAAUAAGGUGUUGGGCCUCCAUGAGCCACCAGAAGAGCUUCAGUGUACAUUGUCAUUGAUUUUAUAAGUCUUUGGAGCUGCACUGCAGGAAGGAACAUGUUUCUUUAAUUACUGCUUAAAGAGAGAAACAUAUUAAUUGAGUAACAUUUUAUUCCCCUCAUACCUGCUGAAACAGAUGCACCAAUUGUUUUUACCCAAUAUUUUAUACUGGAAAUGAUCUGAUUAUCUUUGAAGCAUACAAACCUGACAUGCCAAGUCAUAGUCUUGAGCUUGGUGUAGCCAGCUAGCCAAUAAACACAACGUUGAACAUAAAUAAAAAUGACUAAUUCUAAAAGAGUAGAUGAUGAUACACAAAACUAAACUAAUGGUUUGCUUGGUGUUUUUUGAGCGUAUUCUAAGAGUAUAAGCAAUAUGUCCUAAUAAUGAAGUGCUCAGGGUUUACAUCCAGCUGGCACCAUUGUAGCCUUGAAAAUUAAAUUAGGCAAAAUAAAGUUGAAGAAAAUAAAUGCAAUGUAAUCUAGUUGUCUUACUUUAACAAAAGCUCCAUGCACAUGGUCACCUAUGACUUUUUGGCUACAGUCAGAAUAACUUUGCAUUGAUUUUAAGUGACGCAAACAUUGCCAUAGCAUUUUCUCCAGUUUUUCCUUUAAUUUGUCACCUGCCUCUAUGUAAAGUAUUGCUGAGUGGACACAAUAAAUGAAUUAAUCCAAUUAUUAAAACAUUCAAGCAACAUAUAGUCCCAUGCUGAAUUAAAUUAUUUCUAUGUUGAGCUAAAACCUAGAUGCAUUAGAAAAGAACAUAAUGAGUGAAAUACAGUAGCAUUGUUUGAAAAAAUGAUUAAAGCUUUUUAUUAACAGUAGUUUUUUCCCUCUAUUUCUCUCUUAUAUAAUAUUAUUUUGUGCUUUUGAGUAGUAGUAGUAAUUCAAUGUAUGGAUUUUUGUGGUAUGAGUUUGUGUUUGCCAGAUUUAUUUCCAUAACUCAAUGAACUACACAAAACUGUCAGUUACAUGUUUGGAUUCAUUCCAUCACAUAUACACUGUCCAUUAUUUAAGUUUGAAGUCUCCCAAAAUAAAGUUUACCUCUAAUAUUUCA